AUGCAGAAAUGCCAUCCCGCUCAUGACCACCGAUGCCACUGCCCUGCAAGUGCAGCAGAUCUCGCGGCGGCUGAAUCUACUACUCCUAAGCCUAUUCUUCCUGAAUCUCCUCGUCUGUUGGAAUUGAACACCGAUCCCCCCAUCCGAACGCCUCGUCGAUUGGAGGGACAGCCUCGUCAACUACAGAGACAGCCGCGUGAAUUGGAGGCCCAGAACAGAUGGAAUGCAUUUGCCAGAGGAGGGGUUCGAAAGAUUGACCGGGCGCUGAAUCUCCUGGCCAAUGCCAGCACUGCGGAUGAGGAAGGCGUUCAACAGGCGAUGCAGCAGGUGGACCAGAGGCUGAUCCCUCGGAGGCUCCUGAAAGUCGAGGAAGAGAAGGUCGAGGAGAAAAAGAUGUUGGUGAUUGGGGACUUGAUUGACCUGGACUGA